AUGGAUAAAGUUUGUAACAGUUACUUGGUAGGUGCCACGUCGAAAAAUACUUUGAUAAGGGCGUCUACAGUCCCCCCAGUUAAUCCAUCAGAAAUUGAAAUUACUCGUCAAUCAGAUGAUCGUGUUCAUAAUAUCUUUUUGGAUCCUAUGGGUUGGCAUACCAUAAUAAGCAUGCAAUCUGGUAUGAACUUUUACAUCAAUAGAGGUAUGAAGAAGGUUCGACCAUUGAACAAGACAAGGGAUCAUUUAUUCGAUUCUGUGGCAUGGAAUCAGCAUAAUGUAAAUGAAUUGUCUACACAAGAAAUAUUAAUUGGUACAAAUGAUGGAUUAAUAUUUGAAACUGUAUUGAUGUUCAAUGAGGACAGCUUUUUUGGUUCAGGGAGUAUUGAACAAUAUUGGGUUCAAAUGAUUAAUUUAGGACAUAGUGUAACUGGUAUUGAAGUUAUUCGAUUUCCUAUCGGUUCAGCUAAUGUAUUAGUCGGUGAACCACAACGAUGUGUUGUAUUUGCAACAACACCUGGUCGUAUGUAUCAAUUCGCUGGAUGGAUUAAUACAAAUACAUCAAUAACUGGUUCAAUUCUAUCUCAUUUAGCCUCAAAUACUACAAUCAGUUCAAGUGUCGCAUCGAAUACUGCAACAGUUGUUCCAUCUGGUCAUCGAUCUAGUCUAGUGAAUGAAUAUAAUCAACAGUCGACUGGAGCACAGAAUACAACAAUAUUUCCUAAUAUAACUGGUCUAUUUUAUGGUGUAUUCAAUUCUGAUGAUAAAUUACCUGCAGGUUCUAAAGUAACUGAAUUUCCAGGAAGCUUUGGUUACAGUGAUUUAAAACUUUAUCGUAAUCCGAAUGAUGAACUCCCGAGUAAAUUUGCUUGGAUGACAGGUCCUGGUAUCUACUUUGGUCAUAUAAAAACAGAACAAUUAAGUAUGCCACCGUUUACAAAACUUUCAGUAAAUGAUCAAUCUUCAUCCGACAUGAAAUCAUUUCCAAGUGAAAUAACAUCAUCUACCACAGGACCACUACCACAACCACCACCACCACCAUCUACAGAGGAUUUAGAUGAUCCAAACCGGCUUAAAGAUGUAUUCUCUGGUCGUGGAGUUAAUUUGACUAGAAAUACAAAACUUAUCCCAUAUCCAAUUAUUCAUAUGCUUGAACGUCCUGGUAUCCCACUAGGUAUAUGUAUGACAGAAUUUCAUGUCAUCAUUAUAUAUAUGGAUCGUAUAAAAGCUGUCAAUACACUGGAUGGUCGUGCAGUUUAUUCUAUGCCAUUGACUAAUCUGAUUGGUGGUGAACGUGCCUUAGGCGUAUCACGUGAUCCCAGUUCAAAUCGUAUUUGGAUAUUUAGUAAUAAUCAUUUAGCUCAAUUAAUUAUGAAAAAUGAAUUAUGUAGGAUAUGGCAAAUUUACUUGGAUCGUUUACAAUUCGAUGAAGCUCGUCAGUUUUGUAAGGAUUCAAAUCAGAUGGAUACAAUCAAUAUUCGAGAAGCUGAAUAUAAUUUUGACAAUGGAAAUUAUAUCCGUGCAGCUAGAAUGUUCGCUCGUAGUUCAAUACCAUUUGAACAGAUAGCUCUGCGUUUUUGUCAUUUAUCAUCGUCUAGUGGAACAACAAUUGAUCAUCAAUCUCUUACAUCAUUAGAUCAUUUUACAGCCUUAUCAUCUUCAUUAAUUCAACAAGGCUAUGAAAUUAAUGAAGAUCAUGACAUUAUGGAAGCUUUAUUAUUAUCAUCACCACUAGGAGGAGGAGGAGAGAAGAAGUCACAGUCAAAUAAAGACUGUGAUAAUACAUCUUUACAACAAUAUAAAUCCUCUGGCAUGAGCAAGUUAUCAAUAUCAAAUCAAGUAAAAAAUAAUCUAUUCUCACCGCCAUCAUCGAUGUCGAUGUCGUCGACUCAUCCAUCUUCUUUUGGUCCAUUGAAAAUAUUCAUUUCUGCAAAAUUAGAUUAUUUAAUUGAACAGAAAAACCAAAAAGGCGGUAAUAAAUCAUCACUGGGGAAUUCAUUAUCUGGUCAAAUUAUACUACUUGCCAUGUGGUUAAUUGAAUUACUUCUGACAGAGUUGAGUUUUACACGUGAUCGUUUAACAAAACAAAAUUAUAAUUAUCAUCAUAUAGGAGAAGUUGAGGAGAAAAGCAAAAACAAUGAUGGGAAUGAUACAAUGACGGUUACACUGCAAAAUCAUUUAGCUACUGUAAAACGUGAAUUUCGUACAAUAUUAACAUCUCCUGAAGUAUUGAAGUUUCUACCUAACGCCAAAUUUGUAAUAUACGAUUUAUUAGAAAGUCAUGGAGAAAAUGAUGAACUUAUUUACUUUACUGAAUUGAUGGGAGAUUAUUCGCGUUUAGUGGAUCAUUAUAUGCGUCAGUGUAUGUACAAUGAAGCCUUAAAACUAUUGGCUAGUCAACCUACUUGUAUCAAUCGAUUUUAUGAGUAUGCAUCAUGUUUAGCUAGUAAAUCUCCAGAGGAAUUUGUUAACGUAUGCAUACGUUUAGACAAUAAAUUGGAAUCGAAUAAACUUCUGCCUUGCAUUAUGCUGUUACCAGAGAAUCAAGCAAUCAGAUAUUUAGAACAUACAAUUACUAAACAUUCUUAUACAAAUUCUGGUGGAACACAUCAAGCUGUACAUCAUAUGCUUAUCUCAUUAUAUGCUAAUGAAUAUCGUACUACUACUAAUAAUAGUAAUAAUAAUCAGCAAAAGAAGGAUGGUAAAAGUGAUAAACUAUUAGACUAUUUAGAAAAAUUUAGUGUACAAGCUAUUAAUAUGCGAAAAAUUAAACAACACCAACAACACGCCAACGGGAAUAUCGAUGGUAAUGCAGACGAUUCAACACUAGACGCGAAUUCCUAUUUUCCAUCAUUAGAUUUUGAUUUAUCUGAAUUAUCCUUACUGGAUCGUCAGUAUAAUAAUGAUGGUGGUAAUAAUGAGAUGACAUCUAGUGGAAAUCCUGCUAAUCCAUUAAAGUUUUUAAAUAGUCAAUAUGAUCAGUUGAAUGCUGAACAGCAUAUACAAUCAUUAUUACCAUAUGAUCCAGGUUUUGUACUACGUUUAUGCAAAGAAGUUGGUCAUUUAAAGGGUAUGAUCUAUAUGCUUCAAAUAUUGGAUAUGCAUCAAGAGGCUUUACAAUUAGCUAUUGAAUGGAAUGAAAUAGGAUUGGCAAAAGAAAUCGCUCAAAGUGAUUUCCUCAAUUCAAAUCUACGUCGUCAAUUAUGGAUCCAGUUGGCUCAACAUAUUAUUAGUACAAAUGGAAAUAUGCAAGAAGCAAUCAAUUUAUUACGUGAAUGUCCUUUAUUAAAGUUGGAAGAUAUUCUCCCGUAUUUUCAUCAAUUUGUAACUAUUGAUCAAUUUAAAGAUUUAAUUUGUGCAUCAUUGGAUUCAUAUAAUGAACGAAUUGAAAAUGUUAAAAAUGAAAUGCAGACAACAAUGAAAACUAUUGAUGAAUUACGUACACAAUCGAAUAAUUUACGUUAUAGGUAUCAAAUUGUAGAGAAUGAUUCACGUUGUAUGCAUUGUAAUCAUUUAUUAAUACUUCGAGCAUUUUAUCUAUUUCCCUGUGGACAUAAUUUUCAUAUUAAUUGUCUCACUGAAUUGGUGAAGCCAUAUUUAUCAGCAGAGCAAAAAUUAAAAUUAUCUAAAGCUGUUGAUUCUGAAAAUAUUGGGAAUACUGCAUCAGUGACUAGUUUUGAGGAUAUAUUCGAUGAGAUUAUCGCUGAUGAUUGUAUUCUAUGCGGUCGUAUAGCUAUUGAAAAUCUCUCCAGGCUGUAUUACACUGAUCAAGGGAGUUAUGAGAAGGAGUUAUCAAUUUGGCAGUAGAAAUUACGGACGAAGAUAGACACAGACAUACACACACACUCAUUUAUACAUACAUAUAGACACAUGUGCGUACCUGUGUUAUUUACAUUUUUGAUCGAUAUACAGGCUUAUAAUAAUACUAAUAAAAAUCAUUAGACUGUCUGUAAUGAUUGCAUAAAUAUACAUACAGACACAUACAUACAUGCAUAGCGUGAGAUAGACAGGCAGACACACACACACACGGUCACUGGAUUAGUGUGCUGUCUAUCCACAAUAUAUAUAUUUGCACCGUUGUACUUUUGUCUUUCCAUUGUUACUUACUCUUUCUUAAUUUUAAUUAUAGCGUAUGUGCCGGUUAUUAUUCUCUUAUUUAUUUUUCAUCAUUUUUUUCUUUUCUUAUUGUGAUUUAUUGAUUUUUGUAUAUUGUUGAACUUUUCUGUAUUCAAGAUAAGUGAUGAAUAAAUAAAUUAUAUUUUGAUUUUAA